CCCCCGCGAUUCCCACUCUACAGGGGGGUGUCUACCACUGUUGCCAUUCUGAGCUCCCCGUCCUUCUGUGUGGGGUGGCUCUGGAUAUCCCGAAAUGCGCAUUUCCACCAAAAAGGCAGCACUUGCAGGCGCAGCGGCCGUCUUCUUGCAUCACUCACAAUGUGUGGGGUACACAUCAUUCAUGCGGCCGUUGCACCCCCGCCAUUGUAGCGCAAUCACUAGGGCAAUGCCCUACCGACGCAGCGACCGAAAUCAUGUGCUGAAGCUUGCUGCUGGAGGAGGCCCGCCCCGUGCUGUCGGAGAGUCGACUCCUUUGUCUCGGGCGCGAGACGUGUUGUUUGAGCCGGCCUUUCGAAGUUUACUCCCGCCAAUGGCCGCGGCAGGCGCGCUGCUCGGCCCCAACCUCGACAACUACCACAGCGCCUUCGGAGUGUUGGCGUACAAGCACCCCAUCGAGCUGAACGUUGCCGGACGCUUGAUCGUUACUACGGACUGGUGGGUGCCGCCUCUGUUCGCCGUUGCUGGAGCUGGGAUCGGGGCGCUCUAUAUACUUUUGGACGCGGCCUUGGAGACUCCGCAGGCGCAGCGGGAGCCGGUGUGGCGAGACGUUCUCCUGUCCAUUUCUUUGUUCAGCUUCCAGUACUACCUGAGCGGACUGUUGACAGCCGUGGGGUGUCCGUACUGGGUGUUGGUGGGGUUGUUGGCGGUCAUCGCCGAGCGUGUUUUUGAUGUCUUCGACGCCACACGAGCGGGGCUGUGGGUCUCCCUGGCUACGGCGACGCUGGGUCCGUUAAUCGAGAUUUUCCUGGUGAACGCAACGGAUCUGUACGUGUACAACGGAGCCGACUUUUUCGGGGUGGACAGCUGGAUUCCGAUCGUCUACUUCUGCGGGGGUCCCGCCGUGGGAAACUUGGCCAGGACAAUAUACGCAAAACUCCUCGCGGUGGAAAGAAAGGAGGGGCGCAACCUGAGGUAGCUUGUUCUUAGGGCCAAACCUACUUGAAUAAGAAACCGAGUUUAUAGACGUUGUCGGGCUGGGCCUUCGGUGUUACCAAAGCGGUUAGGUGGCAUGGUUUCCAUCCGGCAAAACACAGAGAAACGUUCUUCUUGCAUGGCCAGUUUUGUGUUGGUGCGACGCUCCAUGUUCCUCCAUAGAGCUCGUUCUGCACGCGCUACAAUUGUGUCCCAGAGAGAGUACUUCAGUGGCCCGAAUCAAGCCCUUUUCUGGCCCGCCCUCCUCUGUGCUUGAAACUUCAAGAUUUCGUUUUUGGUUGGCGAAGAGAAACAAAGAAUGAACGGUUCGCAUGAAGCUGUCGAAACAUGGGUAGGUCCUCCCGAAUUUGUCUGAAGAGCAAAAAAUCGAGAAUGGAAGACGGAGAUUUGGUGAGAGCGGCAUGUUCUUUGCACUUGAAACGAGUCGAUGGGAGGACGCCGAAAAACAAGUGGCAGCAUUAAGAUGCCUAGAAGUCGUGUUAUGAACGCGGUCUUGAAUGCCGGAAGGUAGACAUAGUCGUGGACCCUAAAAAGCGCCGGUACGUGCCAGGCCACUCCA